UUACAUUAUUCAUUAGCACCAUGUUGCAACUAACAUUAGCUGAUAUAUCAAAACAGUUGACUAAAGAUGUUAUUGAAGAAGCUUUUAGAUCGAAAACUAACAGUAAAAUUGAAGUUGAAAACAUAGAAGUGAAAACUGCGGCACCAAAAGGAGAAGGCCUCAUCAGCGCUGUUUAUCGUAUAAAUGUGACUGGAAACCAUCGUUCAUGUUCUUUCGUAGCAAAAGGACUAGUUCACGACGCAUUAUUAAGAAAUACAUUAAAUUGUUCCGUUUAUUUUAAAAGAGAAAUAAUGUUUUUCUCGAAAAUUCUUCCAAUAUUGAUUGAGUUGCAAGAAUCUCUUGGAGCAAAUGAAAAGAUACAAAAUAGUGUUCCAAAUUGUUAUGACUAUUUUAUUGAUGGUCAAAAUGAUUACAUAUUGAUGGAAGAUUUAGGUGCAAGUGGUUAUGCAUCGAUACCUCCAAUGCCGACAGAAUUUGAAAGAAAUGAAGCGCUCAAAGUAUUAUCUCAUUUGCACGCGGUGUCUAUGGCGUUAAGAAUAACCAAACCUUUUCUCUUUACUAAAAUAACAAAUGAAAUAUUCGAAUUAUAUUACCGUGAAGAAAAAAGAUCUUGGUAUACUCCGUAUUUAAAAAGAGCAAUGCAGUUAGAUUUAGAAGUGCUAAGUGAAGAUGAAACAGUAUCAAACACUGUUUACUAUGAGAAAUUUAAAAAGUUAGCAUCAGAAGAUCCUUACGGUGAAUUAGUAAAAUUAGUUACAACUCGUGGUGAACAUGCGGUUAUUAAUCAUGGAGAUGCGUGGUGUCCUAAUUUCCUAUGCUCAAAAGAAAAAGCAGUCGCAAUAGACUUUCAAUUGCUAAGAGCAGCCUCCCCGGCUACAGAUUUAUCGUAUUUCAUUCUUCUCUGUGGCUCCUUGUGUCAAAGUAAGAAUGAUUUCAUGAAAGCCGUCGACAUUUAUUAUUCUAAUUUCGAAUACUAUUUGAGAGAUAUGAAUAUAAAACCCGAAGAUGUUUUUACAAAGCAAAUGUUAUAUAGUGAAUUAAAGAAGUAUGGAAAGUUUGGACUCUUGGCAACUUCGACUAGUAUACCUUUGUUGGCAAGCGACAGAUGUGAUGUGAACACAUUCGAAUCAAAAUAUGCCGGAGUUGAAAGAAUACCAUUAGAAGAACUGUGGCAACUGACACCGAUUACCGAUGUACAAGUGAAGGAAUGCCUAAUUAACGCUGUGAGGGUCGCGACCGACUUAGGUUUUAUUUGAAUCAUACUUGUUAUAAAAUUUUCAAAUUAUAAUUUGUAUCAUUAGUAAGAUGCCAAUUAAAUUCGUUUUAUCUAUUGUUAGUUGUUCAGUUUGCGAUUGCUGUCAUUUUUUUGCUUCUUCAACUAACUUUUUUAUGAUUCAGACAUUAUUUAUUAACGGAACUCGGACGUUUUAAAAUGAUCGUUAACACGGUCUCUCGAAUGCAUUUGUAUAAAAAUUCUUUCACAAAGCCACCUGUAUCUUUGUAGAGAUAACGUGGAUGAGUUGGCAGUGAGUCGGAAUGUUCGGGCUCGUGAGCUCGUGACCGAUCAAGAGUCAAAAACUAAUUGUGGUUGAAACGUUGUUUGAACCGACAAUCUUCGAUAUGAUAGCCGUAGGCAACGAGGCGUGCUAGACGAAUAUUAACGGUAACUAAUAUUGAAUUCGCGCUGUUAAUAACAUUUGUAUUAUAUUAUUAAAUAACAUAUAAGUAUAGCUAUAUUUUGUAAGAUUAAAGUUUCGUUUGAAAAAUCCAUUUAAGAAGAGGUUUACUCUUGUUUGAUUCUUGUAUUAUAGAUGCCAAAUAACUUCUAAUAUAUUAGUUAAUGUUAAAAUCCGCUUAAAAAACUAUCUAGUUUUGUCAACAAAUUCAAACUGCAAGAGAAUUAAAAUUGGCGCAAGAUUUUUAUAUAUUUGAAGUAAAUUUUGUAUCGUAAAUAAAAAUAUUUGUUAAG